CCACUAGAAAAGGGGGCUCGUCUUUUCGGGGUGUUUUUCUCUCCUCCCCUUCCCCCCACUCCCCUUCUUUUCUCCGCAUUUUCUACCCCCGGCUCCAGGAUUCGGACGGCACCAAGGUUUGGAGAGCGGCUGGGUUCGCGGGAGCCGCGGGCUUGCACCAGCCUGGACUUGGACUGGCUUUGCCACCUCCUCCUUCCUCCUCCCCUCUCCCUUCCCCGCCCUCCAGCUCGCCCGUGCACUUGAUCGGCCGAGCUUGGGGCUGCCUGGCCGGGGCGUCCCCGCUCUCCUCCCCCAGACCUGCGCGCUCCUGAGGCUCGGCCACUACGUCGCCGGGGUUUGUUGCUCUUGGCUCGGAGCGCAGUCGCAGAGGGCUUCUGAGAGCCGAUCGGACUGCGCCUGGGCGUUUUGUUUUGUUCGGUUUUUUGUUUUUCUGAGAGCGAGUGAGCGAGCGAGCGGGGCGAUCGUCUCUGCAGCAGAUCGCAAGGAAGAUGUCAAACGUGCGAGUGUCUAACGGGAGCCCGAGCCUAGAGCGGAUGGACGCCAGGCAGGCGGAGCACCCCAAGCCCUCCGCCUGCAGAAACCUCUUCGGCCCGGUGAAUCACGAAGAGUUGACCCGGGACUUGGAGAAGCACCGCAGAGACAUGGAAGAAGCAAGCCAGCGCAAGUGGAAUUUCGAUUUCCAGAAUCACAAGCCUUUGGAGGGCAAAUACGAGUGGCAGGAGGUGGAGAAGGGCAGCUUACCCGAGUUCUACUACAGACCCCCGCGGCCCCCCAAAGGCGCCUGCAAGGUGCCAGCGCAGGAGGGCCAGGAUGUCAGCGGGAGCCGCCAGGCGGUGCCUUUAGUGGGGUCUCAGGCAAACUCAGAGGACACGCACUUGGUAGACCAAAAGACUGACCCGUCAGCCAGCCAGACGGGCUUGGCGGAGCAGUGCGCCGGGAUAAGGAAGCGACCUGCCACCGACGAGUCUUCUACUCAAAACAAAAGAGCCAACAGGACAGAAGAAAAUGUUUCAGACGGUUCCGCUAAUGCCGGUUCUGUGGUGGAGCAGACACCCAAGAAGCCGGGUCUCCGCAGACGUCAAACGUAAACAGCUCGAACUCAGAAUAUGUUUCCUUGUUUAUUAGAUACGUCACUGCUUGAUGAAGCAAGGAAGAUAUACAUGAAAAGAAUUUAAAGACAUAUCGCUGACUCCAGCAGAGGACAUCUUGUAAAAGCACUGAACAGCAAGAACACAAUAACACUAAAAUGUUAGGCACUCUAAGUGAUCUGCCUCUAAAAGCGUUGGAUGUAGCAUUGUGCAAUUAGGUUUUUCCUUAUUUGCUUCAUUGUACUACCUGUGUAUAUAGUUUUUACCUUUUAUGUAGCACAUAAACAGUGGGGGAAGGGAGGGCUGGGUGGGGCUGA